AUGUUGAAAGGCGUUCUGGAUGUGCGAGAGCUGGAACAAUCCGUUGGGAAGGUUACUCUCCGCACACUCUUAGACGAUGAUCUUAUUCUCGAAAGAAUGACAUGUCCCAUAGGUGUAUUGCUUAUAAUAUUUGAGGCGCGCCCAGAAGUGAUUGUGAACAUCGCAGCCCUAUCAAUUAAGUCCGGAAAUGCAGCUAUCUUAAAAGGGGGCAAGGAAUCGACGGAAUCCUUCGUGGCCAUCUCCAAUGUCCUUGCAGAAGCAAUAUCCCUGUCACAAGUUCCAAACGCUUCUAUCCAGCUUGUGAAAACAAGAGAUGCAAUCCUCCCCCUCCUUGCGCAGGAUAAACAUAUCGAUCUCGUCAUUCCCCGCGGAUCUAACGACCUCGUCCGCCACGUGAAGGAUAACACUAAAAUCCCCGUCCUCGGGCAUGCGGAUGGCAUCUGCUCGAUAUAUCUUCACUCGGAUGCCGACUUGUUAAUGGCGAAGAAAAUUAUCAUUGAUGCCAAAACCGGCUAUCCCGCCGCCUGUAACGCCGCGGAGACACUAUUGGUGGACCGCGAUGCCCUGUCCGUUCAGCUACCAGCCAUUGCGGAGGCCCUGCUCUCAAAAAGCGUCAGCCUUCGUUGUGAUGCUUUAUCGAAACAAGCUCUCCAGGAAAAGCUCACAGCGGCCCAAUCUGCACUACUGCAAGACGCAACCGAGACUGAUUACAACACUGAGUUUUUAGACCUCACUCUCGCCAUCAAAACGGUUACGCCUUCAUCUACGGAGACCUCUGUUGACGCUGCCAUUGCCCAUAUAAAUGCACAUUCUUCGAAACACACAGAUGCCAUUUUAACUUCCUCAAAGACUACUGCGGAACGUUUCCUAGCUGGUGUCGAUAGCGCUGGUGUUUAUUGGAACGCGAGCACUCGAUUAGCUGACGGAAUGCGAUACGGGUUUGGGACAGAAGUUGGGAUUAGUACGAACAAGAUUCAUUCAAGGGGACCAGUAGGCUUGGAGGGUUUGACUAUCUACAAGUAUUUAAUUAGGGGUAACGGUCAGGCUGCUGGUGAUUAUUUUGAAGGUUACACCCUUGUAUGGUGGAUUGCAGGCUGA